AUGUCGACAACAUCAUCAUCAUCAUCAUCAUCAUCAUCAUCAGAGCAAGACCCUCUCCGCGACGCCGUGGUAAAAGAAUUUACCGAGGCCGGCUACACCAACGAGGAAAUCCAGACAGUCCUCACACAGCAAGAUGCGCUUCGACGCAUAAAGGACGACGAUGCUGACAGCAUCUUGGACGCAUAUCACCUUCCAUGGCAGCUUGACGAGGCCGACGAGGAGUACAUCCUCAUAAAGAAGGAGGUUAGCACAGAGCUACUGGAUGAGAUCUUCGAGCACACGCGCCGGGCUCAAGAGGACAGCUACAAUAUACGUAGUUCGAAUCCUUCCGGGGGGAGAUAUGGUUGGCCAAGCUCGCGGAGGACCCCACAUGCAAGUUACUCUCCUAGGGCUGGCCACGUGCAGCGAGCGAGCUAUACCAAACUGAGCAACAUGCGACGGACGGAGCUGGCAGUGUACGAUAAUGCGUACGGGUACGGAGGCCAUGCCGUCCCGAUUGAUAGGCCGUCGCGCUCGGCUGCGCGAAUGGAUCGGAUUUAUACGGCAUAA